AUGGCCGUAUUACAAGCAUUUGCUUUGGUCUUUUUUUCCGUUAUUUCACCAAGAUUAGCCGAUAAGGUACUUUCACUAACAGAUGUAGAUUUUGAAGACAAAGUUUUUGGAUCGUCUACACAUUUUGUGAUGUUUUACGGCCCUUGGUAAGUCGUAAAAUUUCUGUAAACAUUCACCAAUAAAACUUCCGACUGUUUCACCUAUGUUAAGCUCAUCACUGUACAGGUAUUUAUUUUCUAAAGAUUAACUUUGAUGCAAUCUUCGUUGAUCGUCUCCUACACAACUGCUCGCAACACAGGUCAGCUAGUCGUUUAACUGCAUCUGGUUCGUCGUGAAAUUGAGAUAACUUUCCUCGAAAACAUGCUUCUCUUCCUGUAGAAAUUUAACCCACCGCAAUUCUUCGGCCAGGGAGCUACAUCCUGAGUACUCUUGAAGUGUCCACUCAAAACGGGUUUUCGGACACAGACGUGCUCACUACCAGUAUCUAUGUCUUAUAACAAAAAUUUUACUUAGUUUUACAGAAAAUCUGAUAAGGAUUAUUUAAGGUCUGAUAUUAGUUCCAUUUGAUAUGGUUCUAAGUCUUAUACUGUUUUCAAUUGUUAAUAAUUAGGUGUGAAUACUGUGCAAGUUUCAUGCCAAUCUGGAAUCAGCUAGCUAAUCACUACAAUAAAAUCCCACACAGUGAACAUGUAACAAUAGCUAAGGUGAGAAAAAAUAAGGACAACUACUUUUUAUUUAUCAGUUGACUAGUUUUUUUCUUCUUAUUUAUUUCCCUAUAUUUUUAUGGAGAAAUAUAGAUUUAAAACAAGCUCAAGGGUGGAGUAAGACUUGUUGGCUAGAUGUUUUAUGGCACAUGUAACUUCUGUCAAUGAAUAUUUGGAUUUGUCUCAAAUCAUGCGUGUUAAUCAUGUGGUCAGUAAGGAAAAGGAUAUAAGUGCAUGAUGAUGACAAUAUCAGUAAUACAAACAGCUUGUGGUAAUCCAAUUAUUUUGAUGAUAACUAUUAUAAAAGCUGAGGCAAAUGUGCAGCUAUUUGUUUGUUUUUUGUUAUUGUUUCAUUAGGUUGAUUGUACAAAAGAGACUCCUCUAUGUGCAAAGCAGAAUAUCCGUGCAUAUCCUACGUAAGGCCAAAUCUUUUACCUUUUGUCAGUAAACAUCUGUUAGCUUUUACAAGUAAUGUAAUAGAAUAUGUUCUGUUUCUUUUCUUAAUUUAAGGUUAAAACUUUAUUAUGAUCAUGGUGAAAUAAAGAGAUACAAUGGAAAAAGGAGAAUGGGUGAACUAAAAGCCUUUGUUGAUAAGUUUGCUGUUACAUCAGAGGUAAGACACAACACCAGAGGCAGCCAUGUAACUGAAGGAUUGAUAUGUGUUCAUUGAAAAGAAAGGCAGAGCAACCUUGAAUAUGAAUGAUGUGGAGAUAGGAAAUCUACACAGCAGAUUCUCAUGAAAAUUGGUUGGGUCAGCUUUUCAUAAUUCUCUCUUUAGAUUUAUUGAAUCCAAACAAUCUGACAAAGGCUAAGUGGUAUAUACCCAUACCCUUAAAAAUCAAGAUGUAUCUGUGCAAUCUUUGAGCCCUUUUGGGCUGCCAGCUAUAUAGGAAUAAAACAAAUGAAAUACUAUCAUCUUUACUAAAUUAAGAGCCUGUGACCCUUGAUUAAGCACUGUUCCCUAUUAAAUGCCUCAUGUGAGAACAAUUAUAUAAAUAAGUGCUGAUAAAUUUAGAGUGAACAGUUUGUUUUUCUUGGCAUAUCUGAGAGACCUUGUUUUAUUUUUAGAUUUGUAAUGCUUAAUUUACACAGAAGGCUAUUGCCAAGGACAUGAAAUGUGUUAUUUGUUGUUCUAGAUUAACAGUUUUUUCUGUUAAUGGAUCAUAUAUUGAAAGAAACAUGUUAAAUGGCUUUUAAAACUUUUAGUAACCCUUGGCAGUUUACCCACACUUAUGCUGAGAAUUUGGUGGGUUAAGAGGCAAUUUCAAGUGUUGCACUUGAGAGUGACCAAAUACCAAACCUAAAAGACCUUUGUCAUGGAGUCACGAUGGCUGCACCUGUCAGGAAGCCUCUAUACACCUUCCUUGCAUGUUGAUACUGAAAAGCUUGAAAUAAAUCAGUACUAUAAGACCUUUAAAAUCUUGGUUUCUUUUAGCAAAAAGAAAAGGAAAAUUCAGAGGCUACAGGUGAAUCAGAUAAUGGUUUGUACACACUGACGUCAGAUAAUUUUGAUAGACAUGUGGAAAUGGGACUGCAUUUUGUGAAAUUCUAUGCCCCAUGGUAAGUGAAAAAAUAUAAUUUUCAUGGUAUUAAUAUGAUGUUCAAGGAUUUUCCUGCUGUUCUUCAUGCUAGCUCAUUGUAUCCCUAUGCUGAAGGUCAAGGGUUCAAGCCCCAAACUGGACUAACAUUAAGGGUCUUAAAUUAACUGAGGGGAAUGUCCUGCCUUUGCUAUAACAUCCACAAAUGGUCAGACAUUAUAAUUAUAGUUUUCUUGGACAAGGAUAAUCGACUAUUGUUCCCAUCUCCUGCAUCUCCUUUGCACUGGUUAGCACGGGAUGUCAAAGAACCCACUCACUUCUUGUAAAGAGUAGGGAACACAACUCCUAGUGUUGUGGUCAGGCCCCCAUUUGAACCAGCUUUUAGCUGAACUGGGACACAGCUAAAUAAGUGAAUGAAUUGCAUAAAGAAACUUGACAGGUUGCCUCUCAUUGUGAAAGAGUAUGAAACUGAUGCCUCAAAUUGUGGGUUUGAGUCACCAGAGAUGUUUUCGUUAGUCAUGUGAAACAUGUCCAAGUUAGCUUACUGAACUGCAUCUAACAUGAAUUUAUUGCAAAAUAUUGUGAAGUUACUGAGUGGCAAUAAUUACAUUAAUUCAACGAAGAAAUUAUUUGGUCACAGAGAACUGUUUGGAUUGAUGCUAGUUCUUGUCAGAAUGAAGUUGGUAUCACUAGAUUUUAAUUUAAAAAACACAAAUCUUACAGGCCAAGAAGUUAAAAACCUUAGGAAUUUACCCAGUCUUCUUUUAAUACAGUAAGGUUAAUAGUAGUGUAAAUUUUCUGCUAUUUUGAUGAGACGGUAUUCCAUUGUAAGAACCUCCCCAGUAUUUUGACAGAUUGCUAUAAGUCUGGGUGGAGAAAAACACUGUAAGGAAAUUCUGUACCUUUUAAAAGUAAAAAAUUCUCUACAUUGGGGUCAAUGUAAUGAUGCCCCAAAGACUGAUAAUCAUUAACUGGUAAUCACAGUUAUUGAGAAUACAUAGUUAUCAGUCAUACAAUGUCAUGUAGCUUUCACUCUUUGGAUUUUGUUGCACAGGUGUAGUCACUGCCGCAAACUUGCACCCACUUGGAAGGCACUAGCAGAGUACCAUAAAGACAAUGUGGAUGUGACAAUUGCCAAGGUGAAAAUUCACUAUCUUUUGCUUUUCAGAGAGAUGGAGACCAUCACAUUUUUAUUUUCUUGUCAAAUAAGUGUUUGCCUCAUUGACAUUUGGAAAUUUAUAUUGUUCAGAUUGAUUGUACAACUGAGAGCAAACCAUGCACUGAACACAAUAUCCAUGCAUAUCCUUCACUGAAGCUGUUUAAAGAUGGAAGAGAGGUUAGUGAUAUUCUGCUUACUGUUCCUAGUGAAAAUAAUGAGGAAACGUAACAAAGAUAUUCAUUCUCCUGUGUUCAGUGAAGAAUCUGGUUACAAAAAUAUUAUUUGGUGGUCUCAUUGUUAUCUUUAUCCAGGGAUUGGUGUCUCUGUACCAUCUAUUUCAGAGGUGAGGGCAGGUUCCCUCAUCUCACUAUUAAAGCUUGGGCAAACUAUACUACACACCUCACAAUAUUUGUGAAAUCAAAUAUAAUUCUGAGAAUAUAAAAUAAUACUGGUACUGCUAAAAAAUAUGGGGGAAAGGAGGCAAGGGCUUUGAACAGCGAUAGAGCAACAUUCCCUCCUGGAUGGAAUCAUUUCUGUCAGAGUGUUAUCCGUCCUUUUAUAGCAGGUAGCUAUGGUUCAAGUUAUGGUACUUUUGUGUCUGGUAAAUAAUUCCCUAUAACAUCAACAGGACUGAUUUGAAUUCUAAAUGCCUUAGGUGGACCAUUAUGAAGGACCACGUUCACUUGAUGAUCUGAAGAAUUAUUUGACUCUAAAGAUCUCUGAGCACAGUUUGUUAAGUAGUGCAAUCACAGAAAACAGUGAGACUGCUGAGGAGAUUCCAUCAGAUGAUGCAGAGGCUGACAUGGUAACAAUUUAAAUUGCAAUUAGAGGGUUGUUUCUAUAUUCCCAGUCUCACUUGAAUGGGAGAGAAACUAGUGACAAUGCAUUGAAAUCAAAGUGGUGAAACCAAGAGCCAAGUCUUUUGCCUGUUUUUGUUCACCACUCUUCCUCGGUUUUUAAAUUCCUCUUGUAAUACAUUUCCAACCAAAUCAUUUCAGAGAUGAAGUAUCAAUACUCACAGUGUUCCCCUAAUUGUAGGCUUGAUUACAGUGUUGUGUUUAGACCCUUUCUUUGAAAGUGUGAUUCUCCACCACUAAUCAAACAUAACUACGUUCUUUCCCCUCAAGUAGCUUGUAUGCAUGUGGCUGGAUACAGAAACAGACUGUGUUACUGACUAAGUGGGAAACUGUCAAGACAUCUUCAUGCUUUAAACCUGAUUUAGGUCAAGGACCUCAGGCUCUUGGGCUCACCCUUGUUGAACAUUGCAUCAUCAUUUAGAAAGAUAAAUCUAUUGACUUGCCUGCACUACAGCUGCUAUUGAAAUCCAAGAUAAUUCUGAUAAUCCCAUGGCUCCUUUUCAGAUUAAGCCAUUCCAGCUGACAGACAGUAACUUUGAUGCCAUGGUCAGUGUGGGCACAACUUUUGUCAAAUUUUAUGUACCUUGGUAAGUUCAAAAUACCGUCACUUUGCAUCAGUUUUUUGUGUAUGUUGUCUGAGUAAUCUGUUAUUUCACUACAAGAGCUUCCCUUAUGUCAUGGAGAUUAUGAAGGAGAAUCAGAAAUUAGGUCUCCUUUUUUCUACCUUCUGAGUUUGGCAUGUGCUCUCUGGUUAGUUUGGAAUGCAAUAUGUGUGCUAAUUAUCAAAGCCUCUUGCAAACUUGGAUUGAGACUAAUUGUAUUUAAAUUUGGAGUUUUUCAAGGACUAAAGGGGUUUUCCUGAUCUUUACAUACUUAGGGAGCUUAUUGGCUUGAGGUGGCAGUCCAAAUGAAAGAGAGAAUUCAUUAUCAUAUUUCUGAGGUUGUAUUUCACUCUCGUCUUGUAUUCACAGGUGUGUCCACUGCCAGACACUUGCACCAAUCUGGGAUCAGUUGGCAAACAAGUGCGCAGACAGUGCUUCUGGACCUAGAAUUGCAAAGGUUUCUUUUUUAUUGUUAAAUAUAAUUCAUACUCUCACCCAACAGUUCUGUGGUAACCUUUCCAUGAACUGUCAUGAACCUGAAAAAAAAAAACUGACCAGUUAUAGUAGACUUGAGAAUCAAAAUAAACUCAUAAAAAAAGCAGGAGGAUAAGUAACUUGAGUGGGAAAAAACUUAUAACAGUUUUGCCUGUAUCUUUUUCAACUUUAACCCACAGAGAUUGAGUACCUUUAUCUGUUAAGGGAAAUGCAUUCCCAAAUUUUCCCUUUAGGUUUUUUUCAUUUUUGCAUUAGGCGAGUUGAGAACUGAUCAAAUUAUGAAUAAAGGUGGUAAGUUUCAAAAGAAACUUUGGUGCUGCAUUGGUGGGAGGUUCAACAGGAUAAUUUGGUUUUAUCAACUGAGUUGAUUUUGUAAAUUGGCCAAUAAGAGUUUCAAAGGUGACAUUUCCAGUGUUAACCCUUUGUCCCUCCCCCUGUGGCCAAUUGACAUUAUCAACUCAGUUGAUAAAAUCAAAUUAUCCUAUCCAGGAAUGUAUUGUUUAGCUACCAUAUUGUAGCUUUUAACUUAAAAGGGAUGGCCUUCGAACAUCUGUGUAUUAUUUUUAGGUGCCCUCUCAUCAAGUUUGUCAUUUGAACUACCCCACCAUUUGUUUCAUUUUCUCUUUUUUAAUAUUGGCUGAUUUUUUUUCCCAGGUUGACUGCUCAGAAGAAGCUGAUCUUUGUCAUAGUUUUGGAGUAAGCUAAUUUUUUAACAUUCCCACUAGGAAAUAAAUACUUACUAGAGAAAUCUUACCACAGCCUUUCUUAAAGAGUGGAGUUGCAAAUCACUUAUGAGGUAAUAUCACUAUGUUUUAACCUCUUUUUUAUUCUCAGUUUUGUUUUAUUUUUUCUUAGAUCAAGGGGUAUCCUACCCUUAUCAUAUUUAGCAGAGGCAUUCGGAAACAAGAGUAUCGUGGACCCAGAGAUUUGAACAGUCUCUACAACUUUGCUGUCCAACACCAUGAUGAACUCUAACUAGUAUGCCCUGACCAAUCGUGGAUUAGAAUAGCUAUUGAUUGGGCCAGUUAUCAACUAGGAUGGCCAUUGAUUGGUCCAAUUAUCCAUUAGGAUUGAAUGUAUGCUUCUUUCUUAAACCAAUCACAUAAAAAAAGAUAACCAAAGAAAAGUUGCAGACAACAUGAAGAAACAUGAAUGGACAGUGGUUUGUUUUAUGGGAAAUCUAAUUUUGUAGAAGUGUUUAGGAUACAUUCCUUUCUAGAUAAUUUUUUUGGUGUCUAGAUAAUUUUUCACAGCCAUUUUUAUGCUAGAGAGUGGUAGAUAACAAGAACAGGAAGUUGUAUGUACAAAGUGAUAGUGGAACAUAAUGUACGCAAAGGCUCUGAGGAGCUUUUGCCAUCAAAAGGAAUGACUUAUUUAUGAAAAUAUAUAUAUCUAUUCAAGUCUCCAGAAAGGAAACUAAUAAAAUUUCUUAUAUAUGC